UUAACACUUAUCCAAAUCUUGGGAGUGGCCCCCACCAUCAAAAAUUAUUGCCCACCCCGGUCUACACUGAAGGGCUACAGCCGUUGGAGUGUAGACAGACACCCCCUAAUUCUUCCAGCACUGGGCUGGCACAGCUAUUACACACUUCGUGCAGUACACCCAUGUUAUAGAAACGGAAAGCAACGCAAAGCUAAAGUAACUCCGUCCAUUCUAAUUCUGCUAAACCUGGAUCAAACGACUUGUGUUCCACGCCCACAGGGCAUUCUGAACUUGGGAACAAGUGAGAACAAACUUUGCUAUGAUUUAAUACAGGAAAGACUCACAAGACCUGACAUGAACUAUUUGGAACCUCACCUUUUGCAAUAUUCUGAUACACAAGGCAUUGAAAGCUUCAGAGAAGAAAUUGCCAAAUUUCUCACCGAGUAUGCCAAAGCUCCAAAAGCACUGAAUCCUGAGCAUAUAGUUGUUAUGAGUGGCUGUUGUGCUGUCUUUGCUACCCUUUCAACUGUAUUAUGUGAUCCUGGAGAUGGGUACCUUAUUCCUACUCCAUAUUAUGGUGGAAUAAAUUCGAAAACCUGGCUGUAUGGUGGAAUACAACCUGUCCAUGUACCCUUGUAUAGUGAGGUGACUGAUGAAGAAAGUCACCCUUUUCAAUUAACAGUUGAAAAACUGGAGGCUGCCCUACAGAGAGCAAAAGAACAGGGCAUCCGAGUCAGAGCAUUAAUCCUGAUCAACCCUCACAAUCCGUUAGGGGACAUUUACCCAGCACAGUUACUGAAAGAAUGUCUAGAGUUUGCGCACAGAUAUCAAUUGCAUGUAAUAUUAGAUGAAAUAUAUAUGCUGUCUGUGUAUGAUGAUACCACCUUCACCAGUGUUCUUAGCUUAGAUUGUUUACCAGAUCCAGAACGGACACAUUUUAUGUGGGGUUUUAGCAAGGAUUUUGGUAUGUGUGGUAUCAGAGUUGGAGUGUUAUACACCAGAAGUCAUGAAAUUCGGAAAGCCGUGAAUCAGCUGGCUGUUUUUCAUGGGUGUCCUGGGCCUGUUCAAUAUGUUCUCAGCCAGUUUCUUAGUGAUCGAGAUUGGCUGGAUAAUGUGUAUUUUCCUACCAACAAAAAAAGACUUCGAGAAGCGCAGAAUAUUCUUGUGGAUGGUCUCACAGAGAUUGGAAUACCUGUUUUCAAAAGUUCAGGAGGAUUAUAUGUAUGGGCAGAUUUCAGGAAAUUCCUAAAAUCACAGACAUUUGAAGCGGAAAUGGAGUUAUGGUGGAAGUUCCUUGAUGAAAAACUACUCAUUAGUCCUGGGAAAGCCUUCUGCUGUUAUGAGCCUGGAUGGUUUAGAAUGGUCUUCUCAGACUCUAUAGAUAACAUUUACUUGGGUAUUCAGAGACUUGAGCAAAUGCUGCAAACUGAAAAUGAUAAAGCGGUUGAAAACAAAAAAUCUGCUGUAGAAGAUGAGCUAUCUAAUUCAGAAAAUGAACCUUCAAUGAUCCACACAAAUACACCAUUAGAUGAAGUUUUAGAAGUAUACUCAGAUAUGAAAAGAAAUUGUCUAUUAAAAUCUUUUAUGCAAUUGGAGACUAAACAAAACAUGAUAUAGCAUGCAUGUGUUCACUAAAAUUAUUACUUGGCUGUAAUACUGUAGGACAGCCUGACUUUGCUGUAGCCUGUGGUUACUAAUUUUCCAAACUAGACUGCUAGAAUAUUAGUAAUCUGGCCCAUAUCCUGACUUUAGCCUCCGUUUUGCAAAGCACUAAAUCCCACUUUUUAAGCAUGCUCUUAAGUACCAUUAAAGUCAGUGGGUCUUAAGCAUGUAUUAAAUUCUUUGUUGAUUAGGAUGGGUUUGCCGAUUCAGGCCUUAAUGAAUCUUGAACAUUAUUUUAUAUUAAGGAGUUAUAUUUAUAUUUUAAGUAGAAGACCGAAAAUGUUGAACUAGCUUAUCCUUGUUGUCAAAUUUUACUAAAUGUAUCAGUUGGCAGACAGACCUAUAUGUAAAAUCUCAAUGGGAACUUUUUAAAGACAUUUAAAGCUCAUGUAUUGUAAUAUGCACAUCAAUGUAAAUACUUGUGUGGGACAUACUCAGGUUUUUUUUUUGUUUUCUUUCAGAUGUGUAAAAAUGCUUCUUUGUAUAUUACAGUUGUCUUUUUUUUGUUGCAAAGACGUCUCUGGAUCAGUUUUUCUUACAAAAUAUAAAUACAUUUAGAAGCAUGUAUAGUGUACAUUCAUUCAACAGGUAGAUGUGUGUUGAACCAAAGUUCAGACCUAUUUUGUAGAUUUAAUUCAUUGCUUUAUUUACUUUAGGAAUGGGAAGGGGGAAUUGCAAUUGCAAAAUCAGCAGUCUUCUCUUUUACAGAGAAUCUCAAUAGGAAAAAAGAACAUUUCCAUAGCAUUUAAAAUCCCAUUAUUGGUGGUGAUUGUUAUAUCACCCAUAUUUAGGCAACCUUAACUCUUUCCAUUAUAUGAUCUUUUCUUUUAGUUGCCUGUCCUCACAUUGCUUUUUCCCCACUGAUGGCCCACUCCUGCUCUGCAUCGUCUUUCCCUCCCCCCACUCCUCUCCGGGUCCCACCACUCACUUGCUCCUUUUGCCCUUCUUCUCAUUUGCCUUCACAGUCAGUAAAGAGUGGGAAAGCAUAGCUCUCCCACUUUUAAAAGUGGGGGCAUGGCUCCCUGACCUUCCUGUACCAGCGCCCAUGGCUGGGAUAGAGAGGCAGAACAACACUAAGUCCUAGAUUCCGAGUUGUAACAUUGCUGUGCUACCUAUUAGCUGUGAAUCCCACUGGCAAAUAUCUUUUCACUUUCUAGUGGGGGUCAACAUGACAGAAUUUGGCUUUGGGGCGUAUGGGGGGAGUGGCUGCCUUUUAAAAAUGGCAGACAUUAAAUUUUAAGAGCCAUUAAAAACAUUAAGUUUACAAGGUCAAACAGUAAAAAGUUAAAUGUCAGAAUGAAGACACCCCCAGCCUUAAUGUAAACCCUUGCUUUGUGCAUAUGCACUAUGGAUACAGGUUUUAUAUGAUCAUAUGCUACUUUUCCAUAGGUCCGUGCCUCAUUCAGUGCAUAAGAUGAAUGGUACUUGCUGCAUGGUUUCAACAUUGGAGUACUUAACUUUGCAUCUUUAAUGGUAGGGGGUUUCAUAUAGUAGUAAUAUAACUAGGCUUGGAAGGUUUAGAAUUUAUAAUUAAGUGCCAGUAACCGUCAAUUUCAUGGUAUACACAAAAACCACUGAAAAAAUGUUUCUAUCAAUAACUGAAGUUUAUAGAUGGGAAAAAUGAGAAAAAUGUUGCUUGAGAACUUAGCAGAGUUUGAUUUAAGAGUAUUUAUUUUAUAAAUUUUGAUGUAAUUAUAACAGUUUGAUGUCUUAACAGUUAUAACGCUUUAACUUUUAGAGCUUCGACAUCUACUUUUGUUUAAAUUGUCUGAUUGCCCAACUAUUUAAAAACAUGUAAAGUACUUAAAACUCAUAAUUUUGUACAACUGAAAAUAUGAUCAACAUUUUAAAUGAUUUAAAAUAAAUAUUGAUAUCUGCUGAAAUUGUUUUU